AUGAAGAUCGAAACACGGACCACGAGAACCAUGAGUAUAGACAGUGAUAACCGCUCGGACAGAAGCGAUGAAGAGGAUUGCCGAAGAGCUCGCAAGAGGGCAGCUUCGUCUUCACCAUCGCCCAUGCCUCUAGAUAAGAGGACAGCGCGCUUUGAAUGCCCAAAAUGCGUUCAACGCUUUGAUUCCCUGAACGCCUUUGACAUCCACCGAUUCACCGCUCAUGGCGACGAAGCUAAGACGAACUAUGAUGAGUAUAGCUUUGGCGAUUUUGCUAAUAAAAAGUUCUCCGAUAUUAAUAGAAACAUUGGUGAACGCAAUCUGUAUAGAUGCGAAUUUUGCUCCAGAGAUUUCCCUUGUUUACAAGUUUUGGAUAUACAUCGAAAAACAUGCUUGUCUACCAGAAUCCCCAGUCCAGAGAGAGACCGUCGGGAGGACUUUUUUGCUAAAUUAGAUCUAAGAAAUAGAUCCUUUGGUAUUCCUGGAACCUUAACACCGCCUAUGGAGAGAUUUACUCCUAAGUUCGAAGACGCACAUUUAGCCAAUGGCAUUAGACACAUUGAUGCUGCAAGGGAUUUGGCUGAUAUUCAAUCCAUAUUAAAUGUCACAUCUGCAAGUAGUCUUUUAGAAAGAUUAACAGGAACAAGAGUGGCGUUGGAGAGCUCUGUACUCACUCCCCCAGAUACCGCAUCAAAAGAACGGGAACCAGAAGAAACUCAAGAUAAUUUUGCCGCUGAGUUCAGGCGUAUGAAACUUCGAGGAGAAUUUCCUUGUCGCUUAUGUCCUGCUAAGUUUCCAAAUCUUAGAGCCUUGAAGGGUCAUAACAGAGUUCACUUAAGCGGAACUGGUCCUGGUCCUUAUCAGUGCAAUAUGUGUCCUCAUGCGUCUCUCGAUAAAGCAGCUUUAGUACGCCAUAUGCGGACACAUAACGGUGACAGACCAUAUGAAUGUGCCGUCUGUAACUAUGCCUUCACAACUAAAGCAAAUUGUGAAAGACACCUGCGAAACCGCCAUGCCAAGGUUACACGCGAAGACGUGAAGCGGUCUAUCAUAUACCACCCUUCAGAAGAUCCAAAUAAUGACGAAGUUAAUUCGAAGCUUGCACGUGAAGAAGUGAAAAGGUCUCUUGCAUUCCAUACACCUGAUAUUGAAAGGCGCACCGACUCCACAGGUCGUGAUACUCCUUUAACGCACUACUCUCCAACAUUUAUCGCUGACAGGCACCCGGUGACUUCAUUAGUAAAAUCUCUGCCUGAAACACCAACGCUAACACCUAGAGAAUGCGAUCAAACAUUGCCAAGAAUUAAAGUGAAAGGUAUCGGUCAACUGACACAAAUACCGGAAUUCAGAACACCUGAUGUUACAUUUAAGGCUAACGAAAUACAAUCAGAAAUUUACAAUGAAGAAACUCCUGUUGACUUGAGUACAAGUGACAACAACAGUUGCGAUGUCCUUGACCUAAGCAAGAAGAAACGAGAUGCUGAUGACGACGAGCCUAAAGUUCAACCGCGGCCUUCGUUUGAUUCCACGGCUGCGGCCACUGCUGCUGCCUUUGAGAAGACAAGGUUCCUUUUGGCUCAGCAAAGACUCUUUGAAACCGCUCUACCGAAGUUAGAUCCAGCCUACUAUGCCUCGCAGAUCUCUCAAUUAUACGCUGGUGCAGUACCCGGCUUGCCUGGACUGCCUUUGCCACCAUCAUUCCCUUUAAACCCUUAUUUUCUUCAAUCUUCUAUCUUUCCCAACCCAACUGAUUCACAAGAACUUGCCGAAAUAAAACAGCGUAUUCAAAAAGAGAUAAUUCGUGGCUUAAGCAUGUCUGGCGGAAGACUCGUUUCGACGGAGCAAGAAAUUCAGCCUAAACAAGAGCCAGAGGAAGAAGACCAGAAGCCUUUGCAACUGUCCACAACGCCUACACCCCCUCCCCACCCUGAAUCUCCGCAACAUAACAGUGUGCCACAAAAUGAUCCCGUUAAAAUGGUUAUAAAGAAUGGCAUUCUAAUGCCUAAGCAAAAACAACGUAGAUACCGCACUGAACGCCCAUUCUCAUGCUCACAGUGCUCCGCUCGCUUCACAUUGCGCUCAAACAUGGAACGUCACGUCAAACAACAACAUCCGCAACACUGGAGUGUAAGACGGCCAACGCCGAGAGCGCCACCACCGUAUCCUGGUUCUGAAAAUCUAGCUGAUCGCGUGAAGUACGCCCUUUUGGCUAGACACCUUGAAAGACCAACACAACUAGACCGCUCCCCCAUAAGAAGAGACUCCGACGAAGUUGCUGAUAACGAAGAAGACGAGGAGGACGCUUUAGUUAUUGAUGAGGAACCGGAUGAUAAGUCAGAUGAACAUUCCGCUGCGCAUCGUGCUGCCGCUGAAAUACUAAUGGCGACGCGGCAGCAAGAAAUUAACAAAGAUUUCGAUCUUAAAAUAGCUGGAAGCCUUAUUAACAAGCCCUUACCUAUACCUUCGGAGAAAACAGAUGGUAUCCCGUCAAGUCAAGAUGUGGCAGUAGUUCCAACGCGUUCUGAUGAAGAAGAGGAUGAAGAAGGUCUGGUUGCUUCUACCAGUGAGGGCAAUAACUCUGGAAGCGAUGAAAACAAAUCGGAGUCCGACACAAACCUGCCACCAAAGAAAAAAUCAGCCUACAGUCUCGCGCCAAACCGAGUCUCUUGUCCCUACUGCCAUCGCAAAUUCCCCUGGUCAUCUUCCCUCCGUCGACACGUCCUCACCCACACGGGCCAAAAGCCGUUCAAAUGUCCCCACUGUCCUCUCCUCUUCACAACUAAAUCCAACUGCGAUCGGCACUUAUUGCGAAAACACGGAGGCUCGGCUAAGGCUAUUUUGGCGGAACCAAUUCCUGUCACACUCCCAACGCCGAAUGACACCAGAGCAGUGCCCGAAAGACCAUUCAAAUGUGCCACCUGUCCUACCAGCACAUUUUCCUCCAUGGAGACGUUGAAGAAGCAUAUGUCUUCACGCCAUGGUAGCGGAGAAUCGCCUCCAUCGCUAUUGCCAGAGGAAGAAUCGGAUGUCGGGCUGGUAUUCAAAUGCCACCUGUGUGAAGCUGCUUUUGGUGAUCGGAAUGGGGCUUUGGGGCAUCUGUCAUCGAACCACACGGUGGAGUACGAGCAGUUGGUGUCAAAGGGUGCCUUAGAUGCGGCCAGCGAUAGAAGCGAAAGCGCUGAUGAUGAUGAUAGGGGAAAGUUUCCAGACCAUGCCAACAGAAAGGUGGUAUGCGCAUUCUGCGUGCGUCGUUUCUGGUCUGCUGAGGAUUUGCGCAGACAUAUGCGCACACACUCCGGGGAACGACCUUUCGCCUGCGACCUCUGCAGGCGCCGCUUCACCCUCAAGCACAGCAUGCUGCGUCACCGCAAGAAGCAUCGCGAAGAGGCGACCGAUGACGAAGAGACCACCCCACCUGAUACACCGAUCGAUGCCUCUAAUGGUUACCGUUACCAAGACGACGAUGGCUCCGGAAACGAGAUCCCAAACAACGUAAACAACAACAACUCACCCCCUUCCCUGCCCUACGAUAAGAAAAUCAAACUGGACAUGUCCCGGAAGUACUCCUCCGAGGAAAACGAAGGCGAAAACGGGAGCGACCUCAUCGGUAAGCUUCUGGGCAUUCCGGACAAGACCAUCAUCAAUAAACUUCUCUCAUCCGCCGACGAAGCUGCAAAAUUCCUGGGAGUCAACAAAUGA